ACUCCCAAUACCUUCUUAUCUCAUAAUCAACCAUGGAAGACAUUUGGUUCUACACUUCUCUGUCACUCAUUUUCCUCCUCUUAAUUACCUUCAAGUUCAUUUACCAAUCCAACCGCCGUCUUUACAAAAACCUCCCGCCAACCCCGUCUUCACUACCAAUCAUCGGCCACCUCCACCUUCUUAAACCCCCAGUCCACCGCACCUUCCACCGCCUCUCCCAAACCUAUGGCCCCAUUUUUUCUCUCUGGUUCGGCUCCCGCCGCGUGGUCAUAGUCUCCUCCCCCUCCGCCGUCGAAGAAUGCUUCACCAAAAACGACAUCGUCCUAGCUAACCGACCUCGACUCCUCCUCGGCAAGCACAUCGGCUACAACUGGUCCACCGUCGUUGCCUCACCCUACGGCGACCACUGGCGCAACCUCCGCCGUAUUGGCGCCAUCGAGAUCUUUUCAUCCCAACGUCUCAACAUGUUUUCCAACAUCCGAAAAGACGAGGUCAAGCACUUGAUCCGUAAGCUGGCUCAGAACUCCAGUUCAGAUGACUUCUCGAAGGUGGAAAUGAAGUCCCUGUUUAACGAGCUCACCUUCAACAACAUAAUGAAGAUGGUGGCAGGGAAGAGGUACUACGGGGACGACGUCGACGUGUCUGAAAAAGAGGAGGCCAAGCAGUUCAGGGAGAUCAUGAGGGAGGCUUUGUACUACGGUGGGGCGGCGAAUCCGGCGGAUUUCUUACCCAUCUUGAAUUGGGUCGGAGCUGGUGGAUACGAGAAGAAGGUGACGGAGUUGGGGAAGAAGACCGAUGCGUUUCUUCAAGGUUUGAUUGAUGAGCAUAAAGGAGUUAAGAAAAACACCAUGAUUGAUCAUUUGCUUUCUCUCCAAGAGUCACAGCCUGAGUACUACACCGACCAAAUCAUCAAGGGGCUGAUAGUGGUAUUGCUAUUGGCGGGUACCGAUACAUCAGCAGUGACAUUGGAAUGGGCCAUGUCCAAUCUUCUUAACCAUCCACAUAUGUUGAAGAAAGCUAGAGCGGAACUAGAUUCACAUCUUGGUCCGGAUCGCUUAGUGGACGAGCCUGAUGUCUUAAAACUGCCCUACCUAAAAAGCAUUGUUUCCGAGACUCUCCGUCUCUACCCGGCAGCUCCACUUUUACUGCCACAUUUAUCAUCCGAGGACUGCACCAUUGGUGGGUUUGACUUGCCACGGGACACAAUGGUGUUGAUUAAUGCAUGGGCUAUACAUCGAGACCCUGCGGUGUGGGAGGAUCCUGAAAGCUUUAAGCCGGAGAGAUUUGAAAGAGGUGAGGAUGAGUCGCACAAGCUAAUGCCGUUUGGGCUUGGACGGAGAGCUUGCCCCGGAGCAGCCCUGGCACAACGUGUGGUUGGCUUGACUUUGGGAUCGUUGAUACAAUGCUUUGAAUGGGAGAGAGUUGAUGAGAAAGAGAUUGAUAUGACUGAAGGUAAAGGACUCACUAUGCCUAAAGCGGUGCCCUUGGAAGCUAGGUGUAAGGCACGUCCCAUUGUGAACUUUGUUCUUACUUAAUCUAUCGAUGAAAUGUUCAAUAUAUGUUGAUGAUGCUGUUCUGGUGAAUCUAUUUGGGAAAUGUAAUAGAAAUCCAAACUUUGUUGUUGUUUGUUCCUCUAUCUUUGCAUGUAACUGUGUAAGGUUUUUGCAUAUUUACAAGAAGAGUACUCCCAG